ACAGUACGGAUACAUGCUGUACAGUAACGUUUAGCAGGUAACGGGCAGGUUACAGGGCCAUCUUGAGCUCCUUGCUCCUCGCUCCCGGCUUCAAAACGCGCCCGAGAUCCGCCAUGCUUCAAACCCUCGUACGAAUAUCCGUACAGUAUUUACCUACGCAUCCCAAAUACGCGGACUCUACCCGAGAAAUGGCGACGACCCCUGGAAUGCGACCUUGAAUAUCCCACCCUCGCUCUCCUCCUUUUUGCGAUCCCCAAAGCGUCUCGAACACGUCGACUUUCGCCGCUUGCAUCCGCCUUUGCACCUCCAACCCGGCGCCGCGCGGCGAUCGCCUCUUGCUAUCCUCCACGUUUAUCACCACCACCACCACCACCACCAUCACCGAAAGUCACCGAAACACCAAAUCGUCCUCGCCUCGACCAAAUACACCCGCGGACCGCCUUACCCUCUUCCCGAGCUCUCGCUAUCCCAAUCUAAGCUCUCGCGUCCAUCCUCAUCAUGGCGUCGUCGGGGUCUGCCCCCAACGGUGGGGCUCACGACCACGUCCUGCGACCGAGACCGAGGAAGCCGCAACACUCGCAGUUGUCGAGGACCCAGAGCAAUACCUCUGUCGGCGAGAUGAGCGCCUUGACGCCGCUGUCCGAGACUGGCCAGACGAGCGGCACUACCAGUGGCCGCUCGACACCCGUACCCCACGAUGCCCUCCCCUCCGUCAAGAGCAUGUCCUCGGCGAGGAAGCAAGCUCGCGCCGAACAGCGUCGUCGUAUCUUCCCCACCAUCGAGUUCGCGAGCCGUGUCUCCCACUUCGACCCCAACUCCGACUACCGUGACUUCCACGGCUUCUUCAAUCUCUUUUGGAUCGGCCUCGCCAUCAUGGCCAUCACCACCAUGCUGCGUAACAUUAAGGACACGGGCUCCCCCAUGCGGGUCAAGAUCUGGACCCUCUUCACAAUCAAGAUCUGGCACCUGGCCAUCGCCGACUUCCUCAUGGUCGCCACCACCCUCGUGUCCCUGCCCCUCCAUCGUGUGUGGCGCGCCGCUCCGGCCAAUGGCGCCUUCACCUGGAAGAACGGCGGCAUGGCUGUCCAGAGCAUAUACCAGGUCCUUUGGCUCGCUUUCUGGAUCGCCGUCCCUUUCUUGCUCGAUUGGACAUGGACCGCCCAGGUCUUCCUGCUCAUACACACUAUGGUGCUGCUCAUGAAGACGCACAGCUGGGCCUUUUACAACGGCCACCUCAGCGAGACGGAGAAGCGUCUGCGCGCCCUCGACAACCCCUCGACCGCCUCCAAGGACCCUGUCUAUCUCUACCCCACGCCCGACAACCCCAUGGGGACCGUGAGCAGCCCCAAGAACCGCGAUUUCAAGGCCAAGGCCGAUGUCGCCAGCACCUCGGACGAGGACUCCACCUCGGACGAAAUCGACCAGCUGCGUGAGGACCUGGCGCAGGAGCUCACCUCUCCCAUGGGCAACAUCGCAUACCCCCUCAACCUGACGUGGACAAACUACUUUGACUAUCUCCUCUGCCCCACGCUAUGUUACGAGCUUGAGUACCCCCGGACCGCCCGCAUCGACUGGCAGAAUCUCAUCUCCAAGAUCAUCGCCGUCUUCGGCUGCAUCUCGCUCCUGACCGUCAUCUCGGAAGAGUUCAUCCUGCCCAUCCUCACCGAUGCCUCCGUCCGUCUCAACGCCGUGCCUCCGCCCCCGGUCUCCGAGGCCCUCCUGAUCCUCGCCGAGAGCAUCUCGUGGCUCCUCUUCCCCUUCAUGCUGACGUUCCUGCUUGUCUUCCUCGUCAUCUUUGAGUACGCCCUUGGCGCCUUCGCCGAGCUCACCCACUUCGCCGACCGCCACUUCUACUCGGACUGGUGGAACUCGACCGACUGGAUGGAGUUCUCGCGCGAGUGGAACAUACCCGUCUACAGCUUCCUGCGCCGUCACGUCUACAGCGCCAGCCGGCCCUAUAUCGGCCGCCUCCCCGCCACCGUCAUCACCUUCCUCAUCUCCGCCAUCGGCCACGAGGUCGUCAUGGCCUGCAUCACAAAGAAGCUGAGGGGCUACGGCUUCAUCUGCCAGAUGCUGCAGCUGCCCAUCGUUGUGCUUCAGCGCACCAAGUGGGUGCGCGGCAAGAAGACGCUGAACAACGUGUGCUUUUGGUGUUCCAUGAUCAUGGGCCUGAGUCUGAUUUGCGCUCUCUAUGUCCUCGUCUAGCGUUUCCCGGUAUCUGCAUCAGCGUCGUCAUCGUUCUAUUUGCAACCAUCUUCCACCAGACAUUCUGCAUCCUCCGGACGGUCUAGUGCCUACGUCAUUUUCCCAAAUGUUAAAAGGGGCUGACUAGUAAGAAAAAUUACUGUAUCAUUAUCAACCCAUUAUGUAUUAUCAUCACAUGCAUCAUCCCGCAGGGGCGGCGUCCCCUAUUUUGACCAUGUCGACUUCCUGGCGUUUUUUCUAGAUAGGUCCUAUACCCCCUUAUUUAUAUGCCUGACGUGGCAAGAUUUUGACAAUGGUCUCACCUCAUGACUUUCGAAUCGAGUUCCCCUUGACGUCUUGAGCUCUGAAAUCCAAGUAGGUGUCCGCAGUGCCAUACAAUCAAUCCACUUGGUAGCGGGAAGUCGAGUUGAACAGGGCGUAAAACACCAGGUUUCAUCAUCACAUCAGCUUGCCAUUCCCGCGGAAUGAAUGAACAUACAGACCGU